AUGGCCAAAGUGGUUCAAGUGCUGCUCAAGUGUUGGAAUCUCAUGCAGUACAUCACCAAAGAAUCAGAGAAUUUCGAAGAAGGACCACUAGUAUAUGCGCCCGAUGUAUUGGAUGGAAAUGAUGAGCAGAGCCUAGUCAACUGGUUUGGUUCCUGGACAAUGCUACAUAUUCAAAAAUUCAGGAACUUCCUUGUACUGGGAUCCAGCUACCAAACAGAAGCCAGGCUGUCACGGGUUAUUCAGCCCGUCCAACUGGUAACGUGCUGUACAGAGCAUCUCUCCCAUCAAGACUCUCCAACAACACCAACAUCGCAGGAAUUACCAUCGAGAGUGGAUAAGGUGAUCCCAGAAGUUAGUCUGGUCAUGAAGGUGGAAGAGUUCCUCACGCACAUAGACAGGAGCAAUGAAGAUUUAGGCUUCUCCCCGUUGGUCUUGUAUCGGUCCCCAGUCACUUAUUGGGGGCAAGGAACUAGCUCACAAUCAGAAGACUGUUACUCAUACUUCAAAAGCUACGACGACUGGUUCGAUUAUUUUAAGGGGCCCUUCUUCUCAAGAGCGAUGGACUUGAGCUCGAUGGACAUGCUACCACAUUACAAAAACACCUAUUUGGGCCUUUUCCACACCAGAGAAGAGAAACCAGGUUCUCCUUGCUCUCCAUCUUCCAAAGGUCAUGUUCAAAUCGCUCGUCCGUGGAUAGCUAUUUACAGACCUGCUGAAAUUCACAACAAGCCUUGGAAGCGGAUGGAGUUGUUGAUCUGGGACCCGUACCUUCGCUACAGUAAAUCUCGGAGCAGUGAAGUUUACCAAGGAGAACUUCUUGUUGCCCAAGAAGAACUUGUUAGAUAUAUCAUGGACAGGAGUCAAGAUUCAGAAAUCACCCUUCCUCUCGAGCGAGUCUGGGUUGGGCCGUUUGCCGACUACCAAGAUGACGGGUUUGUGGAUCCCUUUGAUUGUGUGUUGAGCUGGAUCAAAAACAUCUCUGGCCUAGUGAAACAACGGCUUCCUUUGUCGGGAAAUCAACUUCCGUCUCGCGGGUGGAAGAGGGUCAGCUUGGAAGUAUCGUUCAUGAGGGCCGCGGGAAGCAACGUUCUGGGGAUGAUAUCGGAGACUCAAUCUGCUAGAAAGCAGUCUCUUCCGCUCCGGACAGUGUUCCCGGCCCCCAAGCCGAUUACAGGGGCCAUAACAUCGUCGAAAUGCAACAACCGUUUACAAGAGGCGAUGCUGAGAUACCAGGACGCCAACGACAUACCUUUCACCUUUCAACCAACUCUAAAAUGGUAUGGCGAGCAGGUGAUGGCAGGCAGGGGGCUCCAGCACAUUGAAGUCACGGACUGGCAAACGUUUUUCGCCCGGCACAAAAUUCACAACCCCGAGGAUUAG